AUGAGCUCGGCCAUCUCAAAAUCGGCGACUUUCCACGAUUUCGGGGAGGAGCUCGAGGCCCGCGAACGGUCCGAGAGCCCCGGGGACGAUGGGGUUGAGCUCCGGAAGGGCGGGAGGUCCGGCUCCUCGUCGCGGCUCUCCUUCUCGGGCUGGUUGGCGCAUUUUGUGUCGAAACGGCGGACGCAUCAGCAGCGCUCCUUCAUCCGGCCCUCCGUUUCAUUGUCGGUCGUGCAAGAGUCGUGCGUGUUGGGCAGCGAUGGGGAGAGCGUCGAGGUGUCGCCGUGCACGUCGGAUCAGAUGCCCGGCUCGGCGCCCCGGUAUGUCGUCAACGUCAAGAUGAGGCAGAAGCCGGCCAGGAAGUGGAGUGAGGAGGAAAUCCAAAAGCGGCUCUCCCUGCCGGCCGACCUGAGAUUACCCGUAUCGGUGCUCGAGAAGCUGAACAAGACCCCGUUGGACCAGCCGUUGACGCGGAAAAAUCGGAGAGCAAGUUUGAGCGAAAUCGGGUUCGGCAAACUAGAAACGUACGAGCGGUUGGAACGACUCGGCGAGGGCACCUACGCCACCGUAAUCAAGGGACGAAGCUUGUUGACGAAUAAAUUUGUCGCAUUAAAGGAAAUUCGGUUAGAGCAAGAGGAGGGCGCACCGUGCACCGCCAUCCGAGAAGUCUCCCUGCUGAGGAAUUUACGCCAUGCUAAUGUGGUAACCUUGCACGACAUCAUUCAUACGGAUCGCCUACUGACGCUGGUAUUUGAAUACGUGGAACGGGACCUGAAACAGUAUAUGGACGGCAUUAACGAUCGAUACUGCAUGAAUUUGAAGAAUAUUCGGUUAUUCCUAUUCCAACUCCUGCGGGGCCUCGCUUACUGUCAUGCAAGAAAAGUGUUACACCGAGACUUGAAACCUCAGAAUUUGCUGGUGACUGCAAGGGGCGAGUUGAAGCUGGCCGACUUCGGGCUGGCUCGGGCAAAGAGCGUCCCGACAAAAACGUACUCGAACGAGGUGGUGACGCUGUGGUAUCGACCGCCGGAUGUGUUGUUAGGCUCAACCGACUACUCGACGCACAUCGACAUGUGGGGCGUUGGCUGUAUUCUCUACGAAAUGGCCAAAAUGCGACCGCUUUUCACGUCGGUCUCCCGGGACGAGCAGCUGAGCUUCAUCUUCAGAACGCUCGGCAGCCCGGAGCCGGAUCGCCAUCCCACCAUCUGCAAAUCCCCGGAUUACGGCACUUUUGCCCGGCAGUGUCCAUUACAGUACGAGGGUCGCGACAGGAUGUCCGCCCAAGAAGCGAUCGACCACCCCUUCAUCCGCACCCUACCACCGGCCGUUUUUCUGCUAAAGGACGACGAGUCGGUGCUCACCGUACCAGGGGUGAAGCUGGAGUACGAGCGGUCGGAUGACGUGCGAAUAAGUACGUUACCCGCUGAGGUGAACGCUUUUGAUGUCGUUUUUGUGGUCGUGAAAUGUCGA